AUGAGCGGCGACAAUCCCCAUCUCAACGGUACCGGUGACGGGUCGAACGGAUCCGAAGACGUAGAGAUGAAGGAGCAGUCCGAAAAUUCCAAGAAGCACUCUAAGCAGAGCAAGGACAAGGAUGGAGAUGAUGAGAUGACCGUGGUAGUCCCGCCGUCCAAGGGUGCAACUCCCACUGCGCCGACCAAAAAGACGGAGGCGGAUACUGCGAACGGGGCGAUAGGCGAGGAUGCUACGCAGGUUGACGAAGUCCCCGUUGAUCCACAAGAGAAGGCCAUCACAGACAUCAAGGCAAAUCUCCCUUUGCUGGACCGCGCGGUCACGCAGUUUGACCCCCGAUUCAGUCUCAGAGUCCUCCGCACGAUAUCUUCAGUCCGAAAGCACCUGACCGCACAUGUCCUGGCUACUGUUGUCGUCGAAAGCUAUCCGGUACCCACAGCCACCGCCGUGUCGCUUUUGAGUGCUGUCAAGGACGACCCGACCUUCCCUAGUGAAAAGGUGGACAGUUGGCAUAGCAGGAAAGAAGCGCAGACAAGCUCCAGCAAAGAGGUUUUGCCCGAGAUAGACGUAUACCUCUCGAUCCUGGUCCAAGUCUAUCUUUAUGACAGGAAGUGGAUCGAUGCAGGCGCCCAGUUCUCCAGUGCUCUUGUUGAGCAUCUCCGCACCCUGAACAGGAGAACUCUUGAUUCGUUGGCAGCUCGAGUCUAUUUCUACUAUGCCCUGUUCUUCGAAGAAACGGCACCACUGCCACCAUCUCCGGCUGCCGCGGUGAUCUCAAUCCGCAAACCUCUCCUGGACGCUCUACGAACUGCCACGUUGCGAAAGGAUCAAGACAUCCAAGCUGCGGUGACAACUUUGCUCCUGCGUAACUAUCUCUCUACCUCACACGUCACUCAAGCCGACCUAUUGAUCUCUCACGCUAAAUUCCCGAUGACUGCUGCGAACAACCAGAUUGCUCGGUACCUCUACUAUCUUGGCCGCAUUCGGGCCAUCCAGCUCUCUUACACAGAGGCUCAUGAACACCUUACAAGCGCAACUAGGAAAUCGCCUACUUCUUACAAGGCAAGCGGCUUCUAUCAGGCUUCUACGAAGCUCCUCAUCGUGGUCGAGCUAUUGAUGGGGGACAUUCCAGAUCGAGCAAUCUUCCGUCAGCCGAGCCUUGAAAAAGCUUUGCAGCCGUAUCUUCAGCUUGUUCAAGCCGUGAGCGCUGGAGAUGUCACUGGUUUUCAAAAUCUGGUUCAGAGAUACAACGCGACCUUCAGAAAAGACGAUACCUACACGCUUAUCUUACGACUCCGACAAAAUGUCAUCCGAACAGGCAUUCGCAUGAUGUCCUUGUCGUACGCUCGAAUUUCACUACGCGAUAUGUGUUUGCGACUUGGUUUGGACAGCGAAGAAUCUGCCGAGUACAUUGUGGCCAAAGCAAUUCGGGACGGGGUCAUUGAAGCUAGUCUGGAUCAUGAGCGUGGCUACAUGAAGAGUAAGGAGGUGGGUGACGUAUAUGCCACAAGAGAGCCUGGCGAUGCCUUCCACGAACGCAUUCAAGCCUGUCUGGUCCUACACGACGAAAGUGUCAAGGCCAUGCGUUUCCCCAUGAACCAGCACAGACUCGAACUCAAGAAUGCCCAGGAAGCACGGGAGCGCGAGCGCGAGCUUGCCAAGGAGAUUGUUGAAGGUGAGAUGGACGACGACGAUGCCCCCGGUGGUGAUUUUGAGGGACUGUGA